ACUGUCACGGGGCUAAAUAAAAAGUACAUCAAAUACUUUAGGCAACACAUACAGGAAGCAACAAAUUUUAAAUCCAAGUUUUAUACUUUUGUAAUUUUUUAGAUCUUUUGGUAAUAGAUCUGCUUUUUCGCUAUCGCAACUUUUGAUUAUGUCUGUGGCAAUCAGCGUCAGGGACGAUUUCGAAAUCCCAAACGAAAGUCAAAAUUCGGUCCGAAUUGAUCGGAAAAUCGAGACAGAAAAGCGGAAGGAGGUUGGGGAUUGGGAAAAGGUUUACAAAACGCACCAAAAUUUCAAAGUUCAAACGGUUCCCGACCAAAACUUGGAGGUCGCAGAGGUAAUAAUCAAAUCUGAAGAAGUUCCAGAGUAUCAGGAGGAGUAUUCAGAGGGAAUUGAACUUCCUGAACUGCGCGAAGAAACUGAAAUUACCAAUGACGUAGAAUUCUCGGAAGACAACAGCUUUGAAGAGGAGGAGGAUCUGUUUUCCUGCUCAUCGUUUACAUCCUGUUGCUCCUACAAGGCUAUUCGACAAUCAAUUCUUGGGAGAGAACAACGGGACGCCUCCACCGUUUGUUUAAAGAGUCGGGAUUUCGACCCAGAGCAGAAUCAAUUAGAAGAAAUCCCCCCUUCUGAAGCAGAUUUAACCCAUAAUUCCUCCUCCGUUAAGAUCGUAAUGGAAAAGAAAUCGAUUAGAUUCACACCGGAAAGCAGCGAUGGUGACUACGAUAUCACUUUAGAAGAGGUCCACCAACAAUUCUCAUCCUGGUUCAAGCGCAGUGAAAUCGAUGCUGCCUACUCCAGCUUUCAGCAGGUGGACGAGAAUCUGGAUGGGUUCAUUGGCCUGGGAGAACUGAAGAGAUUCCUGGAGAAGCUGGAGAUGCCACAAACCCACUUGGCGGUCAAAAGGGUGAUGACCCAUGUGGUUGGCAAGCACGAGGAGCGGCUCAACUUCUGCCAGGCGCUAAUCAUCCACGGAACUUUGAUAAACCGUCUGGAAUUAAGGAAGUGGAGUCUGCAGGAUCGCGAGUACCGGCGUUUGGCCAUGGCAAAAGCGGUCGAUGUUUCCCAAGUUGGUGUAAGUGGAGCAAAGCAGUUCUUCGAGGCCAAGAUAGCCAUGCAAACGGAGCCUAUUGCUUCAAAUUCAGCUCAACCGAUGGCCAGGAUUCCAGUUGCCAACUCCCCGGACUCGCAGAAUACCAGAUCCAAAAGCGGGCAAUUCAAGUCCGCCGCCGCCAUUUUUAAAAAGCUCGAAAGCGAGCAAUAAUUAACCAGCUGAAUGAUUUUUGUGUCCAAAUUUUAAGUUAAACUAUAAUGGAAAAUUCUUCGUUUUGAAACAGGUUGACCUUGUGUCUACUCUAUAACUUCCAUAAUUUAUUUGCCAAUAAAAAGCGAUCCAGGAACGCAAAAGCUGCUUAA